CUGGCAACUUCGGUCAUACGCGAUGAGCAACGCAGCGGCACUGUAGCAGCUUAGCACCUCUCCGUGCGUGCACGGUCAACAAAAAACAAAAAACAUUUAACUCACAUAAUAGAUAGUGCUUCGGAAUUAUGUCGGGAAGCGACAAUGACUCGGUUGACAUGACCAGAACAGCCUCCCCGGUACAUCACAGAAAAAAGCACAGCAUGGAGUCAUCCAGAUCUCCCAGGAGCUCCAAACACUACCAUUCACGGUCACGCUCACGCUCCAGGGACCGAAAACGUGACAGAAAACACAGACGGAGUCGCAGCAGGAGUAAAGAGGCACGAAAGGGGGACUCCGAGAAGCCAUCGAAAUCCCACAGAAAAACAGACGACCGGCAGGAGCCGGAGAGACUUUCAGCGGAGAACGGAGAGGAGCGGUCCAGGCGCAAAGACAGGAGACCCUCCAAGGGGCGGAGCUUGUCCAGGUCUCACUCGCGAGAGAGGCGGCCUCACAGUAAAAGUAAGGACAGACGUCGAUCCCGAAGCCGCGACAGGAAGAAGAAAGCUAGGUCUCGCUCAGGUUCAAGGACCAAACAUCGUCACCACAGCAGAAGUCGCAGUAAGAGCAGGGAGCGAAAGAAAAAGAGUGAGAAAGUGCGCAGGAAGAGUCGAAGCAGGUCUGUUAAUCCACCUGCCUUCCGGGGCCGAAACGCAGCUAUGGAUGCACAAGAGGCCCUGGCCAGAAGACUGGAGAGAGCCAAGAAACUUCAGGAGCAGAAAGAGAAGGAACUGUUGGAGAAGCAGCAGCAGCAGCAGCAGGAGGAGAUAGUGGCAGUGACUGCCCCCAUCGCUGCAGUUGCAGCUGCGGCGGCCACCUCCCACCCUGCCCUUAAUGUGGCAGCCCUCCUGGCCUCUGGGACCCAGGUCACACCUCAGAUCGCCAUGGCAGCACAGAUGGCAGCCCUUCAAGCAAAGACACUGGCAGAAACUGGCAUUGCUGUACCCAGCUACUACAACCCAUCCGCUGUGAACCCCAUGAAGUUUGCAGAGCAGGAGAAAAAGAGGAAAAUGCUUUGGCAGGGAAAGAAGGAGGGGGACAAGUCACAGACAGCAGAGUUGUGGGAGAAGCUGAACUUUGGGAACAAGAACCAAAAUGUUAAAUUCCGCAAACUAAUGGGUAUUAAGGCAAAGGAUGAACCUGAAGUGGCCAAACCGCUGAAUGAGGAGGGUUUGAAGACUCUUCAGAAGCAGGAGGAGAUGUUUAGGAACCUCGACGUUCAGUACGAGAUGGCUCGGUCUCAGACACACACCCAGAGGGGAAUGGGCCUUGGCUUCACCUCCUCAUUCUCACGUGGCAUGGAUUCCAUCUAGGGGCAAAUAUUGGCUGUCUAUAUCAUAUAGGACCACUAAUUCAUCGCUAGGCCUCAAGCUUGCCCGGAACUGUAAUUUAUUUAUAGACAAACAUCUUGCAAAUUGGAACAUUAUAUUGUAAAUAGCCUGAUGCUGAGUUUGUCGCAGUGUUCAUGAAUCUGUACUGUAAUCUUUGCAAAAGGGGGCAUCGUUUGACUGGUUAAAAUUAGAUAUGUUUCAAUAAUGUGGUAGCUUUUUUUAAACUCAUAUAUAUAUUGAUAUGUGAUUGUUUCAACAUAAACUAAACAGUUUACAUCAACUUAACAAAAAAAAAAAAGCAAGUUAAUUUUACAUUAUCUGAAUGACAUGGAUUCAUUUUUUCUGCCUCGGAAAGAAAAGCUAAACUAAGUUUUAAUUUUGUCUUUUGGAUUGUGACAGACAGCUGUGUCCUUGAUGAAAGAUUCACAAACUUCAAAGCUUUUUUUAAAUAAAAAUUUGUGUUGAAUACGAUUUUUCCUUCAUCACCUCACAUUUACCGAAUACUUUUUGAUUACAUUUGUUUUAUUUUCCCUAAUGUUACCAGGAUUUGAUGUGGAAAUAGAAUUAUUUUUCCAUAUUCCAUCUAUAAAGCAAUAUAAUCUUGUCAAAAUGA